AUGUCCACCGGCACCCAACUCGACGGCUGGAGGGCAGUUCAAUGCACCCUUGAUAGAACCGUAGAGGGCAAAUUGCAAAGAGGUCAAGGUACCGACCAUGAUCAAUCUGGUUGGCAGACCAGCGAAGGAACCUCUAACACCAAGCUCUCCAGCAAGUUGAGCAAGGAGACCCAAGGUGGAUUGACCUGGAGCCUUCUUAGUCUUGUUGACCUUGGAAAGCAAAGUGUCGGCUGGUUGGGAAACGAUGGCGGCAGCGCAACCGGCAAUGACACCGGCACCAAGGUUGAUACCGGUAACAGCAGUGGAGGAAAGCUUUUCCUUUGGAGUUGGGAUGAAACCGUAGAUGGCAGCAGAAGCUCUCUCGUAAGUCAAGAACUUAGCAAUGUUGUAAGGAAUCUGCUUGAACAAGAUUGGGGUGAAACCGUUGUAGAAAGAGCCUGGGCCCUCCUCUCUCAAAAUUCUGGCGAAUCCACCAACCAAACCGUUGGCAAAUGUUGGCUGGGAAACCAAUCUGAUUCUGGUAGCCUCCAAUGGACACAGAGCAAUGUCAGCAAAGAACUCGGCAAUAGCAGCAGAACCAAUGUAGAUGGCGUCCUUGUAUUGGACGGCGGUUUGGUAUCCGACAGCGUCAAUAAAAGUUUUCUUGAACAAUUCGUAACCACCGAAUUUGAAGGCACCCUGCAUGGAGUAACCCAAAACAGUUGGGCCCAAACCGGUCAGCAAAGCACCAGCACCCUCGUUGGCAACGAUCUUCUUCAACGAACCAACCAUACCGGUGUUGUACACGGUAGGCUCAAGUUGAAUUCUGGUCUUAAUAACAUCGAUUGGGGUCAUAGAUCCGUGGGUAACACCGCAACCAAUGGCACCAGCAAGGGCGAACUUGGCGUAGUCAGUCACAGAAUAGUUAGGGGUCUGAUAGAUAGAAGCCAUCUUGAAUAUUAUGCGUUCUAUGAGUGA